AUGGUGUUGUUGAUCCUUGCACAACAAACAUAUUCAAGAAGAGUCCCUGAAGUAAGAAUCCCAAAAAUUGAACUACGAAGCAUAACAAAUCCCUUUUGGGAACAGCAAAUGCUUGAAUUUGGUUUUCUUUUUUGUGAACAGCUGCCGAAAAUAUCUUGUUGGUUACCAACACAGUUGAAAUCUUUGAGGGUUCAUUCCUUAACUAAGACGAUGAAUCGUAAAAAAUAA